GAGGCCAGUCCUUUCUUGGGAGUGUGCCUCUCGUUAUGCUGAACGGUAUGCACUGCUGGAGGAACAAUUCAAGUAUAGUAGUAGAAGCCUUCCUCCAUGCAAUUAGAUGUGAAGUGGUCUCCCUGUCUUGGUUCCAGAGCACCAAGUUUGGGCCCUGUCUGAGGGAAAAGAGCUCUGAUAGCUGACCUCUAUCCUUUAGCAGAGGUGUCAGAAUCAUGACAGUUAUUCCUUUCAACUCUUGUAUUUGAGAAUGCUUGGGAGGUGUAGACUGAUCAGUCUGCCUGACAGCUGAAAUAAGCUGUAAAAACCCUGCUGCUUGGGAGGCGUAGACCAUUGAACUCUUGUUGGGUGCUAUUCCAUGGGGACUGACAAUUAGGAGUGGUUGUGGAGUACAGACAGGCGAAUGAAGAUGGGAAGCAACAAGGAGAAAGAUCCGCUUGUUUUGUACCUUUCCUCUGUCAAUGCUCGGCAGUGUGGGUCUAUCGUGGCAGACCUCCUCACUCUUGGAGUCUGUACCCGGUGUGUUCUGCGCUUUUUCGGUGUAUACGACAGCCAGGUGUAUAGAUGUGCUCCUGGGGACCCACGAGUGGUUCUCCGUCGGUUGGCCUUCAUCAAGGCAAAGAAGGGUGAUGGUGUAGUGGUCAAGACUGGGAAGAAGACAGAAGCUCAAGGUGGUGCAUGUCUGGAAUCGCCAGCUGAGGUGAAAGAUGAGGGGGUGGGGACGAGUCCAACCAAAGGGGCAACGGUGGCAGGAGUUUGUGCUUCCCUCUCUGAAGGUAGUCCGACUCGUUUCGCUGAAAGUAGCACAUAUGAUCCUGGUCUUGUGCAUGAAACUGGUAAUGGAAAAGAUAGCUCUGAGAAGGAGGCCGAAACGGGAAACAGCGCGGACUGUGUUGAAGAAGUGCGUACAGUGCAAGGGAAGGCCAAGGCUGGCAUUGAAGGUGACGGUGACCAGAUGAAGAGGAUAAAGGCUGUGGCAUCAUCAUCAGGCAUUGUCUGCCCUGCCUGCCUUGGUGUGCUGCAGAAAGUCGCUCCUGUUGCUGAUGGCGACAAAGCAACAGACAAAGCGAGGAGCGAGGGAGAGGCAUCCAGAAAGCUGUCGUUAGAGGAGAAGAAGACAAAACGAGGUACGCCGAGGGCCAAAACGAACUUGGGUGUCGUUGAGUGUCAGCGGAUUGGCAGAGAUGGGAAGGAUGUCAAGGAUGGAGAGAAUGGAAAUGAACAAGCGGAAGAGGGUCCACAGAGCGUGAAGAAGGUAGGAAAGGACCAGGAGUGCAGGCAGGCACAGGAAGAGAUAGAUGGUAGAUCUGAGGAGCAUUUGAAGAAUCAGAAGUUGCAGGGAAACGAUGGACUGGAAACUAUUGGCAACGUGCCUGCAUCCAAUGCUGCGGGAACCUGGGAUGAGGAUAUUGUGAAGAUGGUGGCAGCUGUCAGAAAGGAAGGUCACAAGUUCAAGACCUUCCAAUUGGAAGUUAUUCUCCCGUCCGUUUUGACACUUAGGCAGUGUUGUUUGUGGUAUUAUCUUUGCUCGGACAACUACACAAAGAAGUUUCCUCAUGCCACAGAGCUCUUCAAAGGUCCCAAGGCAUUGCUCGAGACGCUUGUGUCCGUGAAGGACGCGGUGAAGUGGACUUUGAGUAGCCACUUGGAAAAGGCUCUGGGAUGUCGCUACGACACAGAUCCCGAAGGUAAGAUAUGCUUGACAUAUUCACACAGAGAUUCAUUUCAAGAAGUUGAGAACUUUCUGGAGGCUUGUGGAGGUGUUGGGAAACGGAGAAAACAUGCCCGGGAGUAUGAGAGAUACGACCGACAGAAGGUAGGAGGAACAUCUGUGAAAGAAGGUGGAAGUGAGAUGUUAGACGAGGGUGACGGAGAAGAUGGGCGAAUGCAUGAGAGGGAAAGGGACUUUGAGGAGGAGUGCUUGGCAAGCGUGCACCGCGGGAUCGAGUCGACAAACAUGCAGACUUUCAUGCGCAUCUGUCAGUGUCCCCCAAAGUCGUUAGCGGGAACCUGUGCGCUUUCAGUGACCUGUCAGCGGUUUCCUGUCUAUAUAGGGGGUCGAUACUUGAAGCUAAGAAGGGGUAUUCCGCAGAGUCCGUGGUCAGUGGAUGGAGAGAGGGUGGGUGAGCCUUCAGUGCAGGAAAGGAUUGCUGAUGUUGUGUUCCCCACGUAUAAGGCAGAUUCAUAUAAGUUUAAUGCCGCAGGCAGAGAGGAUAUGGAUGUUCGGAUGAUUGGGAAAGGUAGGCCCUUUGUCAUGGAAAUCGUAAAUGCGCGACAAAUCCCUUCUCCCUCCUCAAUUGCGUCGAUGGAGAAAGCAAUCCACGAGGGGGAUGGUGGGGGAAAGUGGGCGCCACGUGGGGUUGCGGUGAUAGGACUCAGAAGUAUGACUCCUGAUGCGUAUGCUCUUGUCAGGGAGGCAGAGUCAGAGAAGCAGAAGUCGUAUUGUGCGGUCGUGUGGCUAUCUCGGCCGGUGACAGAAGAUGACAUAACGAAGCUCAAUUCCAUGCCAGCUGUCACGAUACAGCAGAGAACACCAAUAAGGGUACUCCAUAGACGAAGUCCACUGGUCCGUCCUCGAGUUAUUGAGAAGAUGAUAGCGAAAGCGAUUCCUGGCCAAACAAAUUAUUUGAAACUGACAUUUGACACUCAGGCAGGGACGUAUGUUAAGGAAUUUGUUCAUGGCGACAUGGGCCGGACACAACCGCACUUGGGGGAAAUCCUGGGGUGUGAAACAGACAUUCUCAAACUAGAUGUCACAGAAAUCAAGAUGACCUUUGUCUGAGGCAGCACCUAAAUGACAAGUUUUUGAGUGAACAGCUCAUCACUUUGUCAGUAGAUUGCGAGAAGGGGAGAGCUUCGCAAAACAAAGCGCCAGUUGUCUGCAAACUCUUACGUUAUAUUCCAUUCUGGCUAGAUUGCUAUGCUCUACUUCUUAAUCAGCAGUACCGUCACCUGUCCGGAGGAAAUGGCUUGUGAUCCGGCGACGAUUGAAGGAGGUCUAUGCCAAUGAAUCAAUGGCGGCUGUUACAGGGCCACAGGAAAUGGGGACCCUCGUUUCCCAUGUGCCGAAUGCUAUCAAGUGCAGGGCUGUUGUGGAAGGAACCUGCGAUCACUGUCAUCGCCGCUCUUUCAGCUCACGGAUCACUGCUGCUUGGAUGCUUAGAGAAACCAGCUUCUUCAGUGGCUUGGACAAACGUUGUUCGGUUUCCGCAGGAAACGAAAGCUUUCUUCAGGUGGUGUCCCUCCCCAUACACACUUGAUUCUCUAUCUUCAGAAGGUCAGCAGAUAUCUUGCGAGGCUCUAGUCGGGUGUCAGCGGAAUUCUGCGGGGUGCUGAAAGAAAGCCUUCAGGCCAUUGCGCUCCAACGCAAAGGCUCCCAGCUGAGCCUCCCAAUUCACCAGCUGAGCCUGUCAAUCUGGAGCAGGAGGAGAAAAAACAGGUCAUUUGGUGUCUUUGAAGACAAGACCAUGUGCUGUCUUCUAAGUCCAGUCCAGAAGGAGACGAAACGUGAUCCUUUUGACAGCAUACUCGUUGUAAUUGUGGCUGGAUACAUCAAGGUCUGACUGUAAAUCCGGUCAGAUACAUUCAAGGUAGAGGGAGUGUACGUAUGUCCGGACUCCUGCCCGACCUUUAGAGGUGCUGCAUGCACAAGCAUGAGUGGAAUUGCAGCGAUGCACAAACAUCGUUUUGCAGCACUACCGUCUUCACCCGAAUAGAACGCCCCAUCAUUUUGCUGUGCUUGGGGCAACUUUUAGUCUAUAUAGAUACAGUGAUAAUGACUGGGCAUUCUCUUCGGGUGAAGAUGGUAGCCCAAUACCCAGUUGUGAGGCACAUGAACAUUGAACGCAUGCAGGUUGAUCUUCGGUUGUUACACUUGAACGACAUCUUCCAUUUUCACUUGGAGUAGUGGUCUCAGAUGUGGAACUGGUCAUGCAAUCUAGUUCUGCCAGCCAUGGGUAUGGGAUUCCGAGGCUGUGGCAUCCAAACAUCGGCCUGGUUGCACAUGCAUUUGUGGACCUGCUGCCACGUUUUGGGACCCUGUCAUUGGACCACGUUUAGGAACAGUUGUGGGACCACUUUGUAGGCCUUGUUGUACAGUUGCGGAAACCCCUUUUGAACCCAGCUAUUUUUCCCAAGUAUGGUGACAUUGUUGUGUUUCAAUGUAGCCAACCCAGUUGUUUUACCCAGCUAUGCACACAGUAGUGGAAAUUUUUCCCCUAUCGCACGCCGAGGGGUUUUGUGGUACCCCAUGUUGUGUGCUCUGGUUUUCGAGUCCAAUCGAUUAACCCAUUCCAUUCCCAUGCCACACUGCAGAAUUUGAACGAGGGACCCAAUUACAGGACACGUAAAUACCCCCUG